AUGGACGAAUUAGAACGCCGUCGUAUUGCAUGCCUAUUGGAUGACAUAAGUGACGAGGAAUUGUGGGGUGAUACAUCUUCCACUGACGAAUGUUCACCCGAUGAACAUUUUGAUGUAUUAGAAACUUCGAACACCGAACAAUCAAGAGAAUCGACCGAUGAUGAGAUUCACAAUGAUAUUCAACAAACACUAUCAGCAGAUUGCGAAUCUUAUCAUGAAUCUGACGACGAAAUUCCACUAAGUAUGCGUGUAGAGUGUUUUUAUGGAAAAGAUGGGACAAAAUGGAAUCGUCGUAAGCCAAAUCUGAGAACAAAAAAUCCAAGUUACAAUAAGAUAACUGAAAAACCAGGUGUGACUAAUUUGGCGAAAAAUGCAAAAAACUGA